AUGGAGCUGAAGGCGGAGGGCGUGGAGGGGCUCGUGCGGCCGGUGAAGGAGCGCAAGAAGCACGACCGCUUCAACGGCAUGAGCGAGGAGGAGGUGGCGCGCCGCACCCUGCCCGACCACCUCGCCGAGAACCUCGACAUCAUCAUUAUCGGCAUCAACCCGGGCCUGUUCGCGGCGUACAAGGGGCACCACUACGCGGGCCCCGGGAACCACUUCUGGAAGUGCCUCUACCUGUCGGGCCUCACGCGCGAGCAGAUGAGCGCAGACGAGGACUACAAGCUGCUGAACUUCGGCAUCGGGUUCACGAACAUGGUGUCGCGCGCCACCAAGGGCUCAGCGGACCUGACGCGGCGCGAGAUCAAGGAGGGCUCCGCGCUGCUGCUGGAGAAGCUGCAGACCUUCCGGCCCAAGGUGGCCGUCUUCAACGGGAAGCUCAUCUACGAGGUGUUCUCCGGCAAGAAGGACUUCUGCUUCGGCAAGCAGCCCGACACCAUCGCCGGCACCAACACCUACACGUGGGUGAUGCCGUCGUCGUCGGCGCGCUGCGCGCAGCUGCCCCGCGCCGCCGACAAGGUGCCCUUCUACGCGGCGCUCAAGAAGUUCCGCGACUACCUCAACGGGCUGGUGGCGCACGUGGACGAGGCCGAGCUGGUCUUCCCCGACAACACGAGCCGCCGGCCGCAGGAGGAGAUGGAGAUACGCAGACUGACGAUGGAGCCGGAGCCCGGCGACACCAUCAUCCUGGAGGACGGCACGGAGGUGCCCCUGAAGAAGAAGCGCGGGCGGCCCAAGAAGGUGAAGCUGGAGAACGGCGAGACGCCGGCCGCCGCGCCGAGGGCGCCCCGCGCGCCGCGCCCCGCCCCGCCCCCGGCCGCCCCCGACGCGCCCCCAGACCAGCCGCCCAAGAAGAAGCGCGGCCGCCCCAAGAAGAUCCGCCCCGAGGAGCAGCAGUUCCUGCUGCAGCAGCAGCAACAACAACAACAGCAGCAGCAGCAGCAGCAGCAACAGCAACAGCAGCAGCAGCAGAGCAACCCAAUGCUGCAGCAGCAGCUCACGCCGAUCCCGUCCAUGGGGCACGAGCAGCAAUUUCUGCAGCACCAGGGCGAGUUCCAGCAGAUGCCCUCGCCGCUGGCGCAGAGUUCCCUGCUGUACGGCGUGCAGCACCAGCAGCACCAGCACCAACAGCACCAACAGCACCACCAGCAUCAACAGCACCAGGCGAUGCCGCCGGACGGUUCGCCAUAUUAUCAGCCACCCAACGCCGGCAUGGAGAGCCCGAUGGACGUGUCGGGCAUGGGGCUGUCGCGCGGCUACGCGUCGCCCGGCGCCUACGCGUCCCCGCGCGCCGUCUACGCGUCGCCGCGCUCGCAGGGCUACUCCCCGGGGCCGCAGCGCUUGGCUGCUACUCCUCAGCCGCAGCAGUACCCGUCGAGCCCGGCCGCGUUCUCCGGGCCGUCGCCGCCGCGCGCGCCCUACGGCUCGCCGGCGGCCGUGAGCGCGGUGGGCGCCGGCGGCGUGGGCGGCGUGGGCGGCGUGGGCGGCGUGGGGGGCGCCGGCGCGGGCGGCGGGGGGCGCUUCGCGGCGCGCAGCCCCCUGUACGCGGGCAGCCCGGCGCCCUACCGCCAGCAGCCGAGCCCGGCGCCGCAGCAGCGCUUCUCGCAGUCGCCGCACCCGCACCCCUACUCGAGGUCGCCCGCGCCGCAGGUGGCGCCGCAGACGCCGUACGCGCGGUCGCCGGCGCCGAGCGGCGGCGUGGGGGGCGUGGGCGGCGUGGGGGGCGUGGGCGGCGCUGGGGGCGUGGCGGGCGCGGGGGGCGCGGCGUUCGGCGCCGGCUCGCCCGCGGCGCUGAGCUACACGGCGUCGCCGGCGACGCCGUACAGCCAGCACAGCUCGCCCGCGCCCUACGCGGAGCACUUCGCGGCGCCCGCCUUCGAGGCGCCCGUGUCGCCGCCCGUGCCGCUGGACUUCGAGCCGCCGCGCGACGCCGCCAGCCCCAUGGGCAGCACCGACAUGCACGCCGGCAGCAACUCCAACUCCUCGCUCUCCGACUACAACAAGACGAGCGGGGGCGGCGGCGAGGCGUCGCCGGGCGUGGGCGCGGUGGGGCCGGUGGCGGGCGCGGGCGGGGCGGGCUUCGGCGGCGCCUUGUACGACGGCUCGCCCAGGCUGCCCUACCCGCCGCCCGACAAGCCCGACUACUUCCCGCAGGACCAGGGCAAUAGUAUGUCAGAGAGUCCGCGGUUAGACCAGAUACAUCAGCAUCCCUCCAUGUAUCCUAGCAAUUUUAAUAGGUCACCGAGCGGUGGCGAGGCGGCUUUCUCCCCGUUUCGCGGCGACGUACACCACGAGCCGCACCACGAACACCACGACCACCACGACCAUCACGAACAUCACGAUCACCACGACCACCACCAGUCGCCAGGCUCCCCGGGCGAGUUCCCGGCGGGCGUGGGCGGCGCGGGCGGCGCCGUGGGCGGCAAGCCGCAGGACGUGGCCUCCAAGUCGCUGUCGGGGCUGGAGUCGCUGGUGGACCAGAUCCCGUCGAUCGCGGAGGGCGGCGCGGGCGCGGGCGGCGGCGGCGGCGCGGCGCCCGACGCGGCGCCCGUCGCGCCCCUGCCCGACUACGCGCCGCCGCUCUACCCGCCCUACGGCGCCUACGGCACGCCCGCCUACCCCAACAACGGGUAUGGCGGCCCGUUCGUGGGCUACGGCGGCGGCUGGGGCGGGCAGCUGGUGCGCGGCUACCUGCCCGACUGGCAGUACGGCUACGCGCCGGCGGUGCCGCCCGCCUACCCGCCCUACAACGCGCCCUACUACAACGGCUACCCGGCGCCGCCGCCCGCGCACCACCAGCAGACGCACUACCUGUCGGCGCCGCCGCUCAUCGACCUGCACAAGAACGGCGAGCACGCGCCCUCCGUGCCCUCCGUGCCCUCCGUGGGCUUCGGGGGCUUCUGC